AAUGCUGGAUGAACGAACAGCCCAUUUUGGAAGGACUGGCCGAAUAUCAGCUGAUGCCUUCAGUAGAAGUUUCUUGGAGUGGAGUGCUGUAAAGUUUGAGGUGGACAGGAUGUGCAAGGAGCCAUGCUUUAGCUGCCCUGCCUGCACUCCAGACAUGCUUGCCGUCUCAGUUGAUGGAAACCGUAAGCUUUAUCGCUUUCAAUCUAAUGCAAGCACUUCAGAGCAGGGGAACUUUGAAGGUGUCUUCAUUGAAAAAGAUGAGGACGUUGCUGAGUUUGUGAAAUACAUCCAGAGACAUACAAAUCAUGUCCCGGGGAAAGGGUUGUGCGGAUCUUCAUCUUGGACUGCAGCAAAGGAGUCGUCCAAAAAGUCCACUGGGAAGUUGGAUGAAGAGGGCAUGGAAAUAGCUGUUUGUCGCCACGGAGUCCUCUUAGCUGCAUUGAACAUGUUUCGAGGGGAGAUCUUUGCUUACCCCCUUUUUCUCCAGAGGAAGUUGGCAGCUAACGUCCCAGGACAUAUUACGUUCCUUUGCUCCGAUGUGGCCUGUAAAUAUUUCCCCUAUUUAACCAAGGUGGCUCAGCAGUGCCCUGAGCUGAGGAACCUCUUGUCAAUGCGUCCUUUUCUCUCCGUCAUGCAUGCAAAGGCUCACACUUGGAAAUGCGAGAUCAAAUGGGGAGGUGCGUUUCAGGAUGGGGCCGGUUCAACAGUUGGAGAAGAGGUGGAACAAGUAAACAGUUUCCUGUCUAGGGCGGCCAUCACAACGAAGUACAUGUCUAAAGCAGGGCGAACAGACAUGCUGACCCUCCUGGCUUUGGGUUGGAACAAAAGGAAAGUGGAACAACUGGGCCGCAGUUUGAGCCAGAGAUAUCUCAAGAUCAUAAGGAUCCUUAGAGAACAAGUGGAGAGCCUGAAUGCGACCAAAAAUGAGCUGGGUGUGGAUGACGACACACUGCAGCAAUGGGUGGCCGAUGUGCAGAAAUGGGCUGAAGAAACUGAUCAAACUGAUGGCAGCCUUGGAGCGUUGCAGGCAUGAAUAGAG